AUGAAUAACUUCGGCGUGAUAGAAGUAGCCGGCGCGCGGACGACUCAAGCGCCUGGGUGGGCAUACGUGCCGGAUACGCGUCCACACCCUAAUCUCGCGGCGUCCUCGAACACGCAAUCCCGCAAGCGCGCCCGCAACACCGGCGCAAAGCUCAGCUAUGCCGACCUCAAUGCCCGGCAGGAGGCCAAGGUCCGCAGGGAGCUCGAGGUCCUCGACAGAGACAAUUCGCGCGACGCCGUCAUACCGAUCCCGCCGAAGCCCGGCACCGCCGGCAGCCGCGCCAACCAGGGCAAGCACACCCCGAACGUGCGCAAGAUCCUGCAGAGCCAGAAGACGUUUGCCAACUACCUGGACGAUUUCAUCGCACUGGGCGAGGGUGGCAAUGCUGCGGCCGCGGCCGCUGCUGCCCCUACAAGCACAGCGACCGGUGGUUCCUCGCGUUCGGCGGCAGCAGCAGCGACGGCAGCCAUCAGCCGCGCAAGAACCGGGGCUGCUCCAUCGAUGCAGAAGAAGCCCGACGCAGCCACGAAUGCGGCCGGCAGGCAAGGUGCGGUGAAACACGAAGAUGCCGAGAUGACAGACGCGCCGGAGACUGGCAGCACUCUCCUGAGGCCAUACACGGGACAUCUGCCACCCCCGCACCCUUCGGAUAACGACCCGAUCCUAGCCUCCCGGAUACCACCCUUACCGUCUGAUGAGGAGCUACGAGCGCUCAUGUCUGCACCGCCGCUGACGUACCUCGAGGCCAAAGCGGGCUGGAACGACGAGGACAGGAAAUAUCCCCCGCGGGUGUUCUGCGAGGUCUGCGGGUAUUGGGGCAGGGUCAAAUGCCUGAAGUGCGGCGUAAGGGUUUGCGCGUUGGAGUGUCUCGAGACGCAUCGUGAGGAGUGUGUCACGAGAUACGGUAUCUAA